AUCAGCUGUGGCAUCAACAAUGGAUUCUGCCACAAAAAAUAGUGAUUUUGUAAAAUGCCUCGGUGUGCCGUGCACAGUUGCGAAAACAAAACAAGACUAUGCAAUAAGCGAAUAAGUUUCUUUGGCUUUCCAAAAAAGAAGCAGGUUUUGAAGCAAUGGCUGCAAUUUUGUGAUAGCGACGUUGAAAUAAACCCAGGAACGGAUUAUAUUUGCAGCCAGCAUUUCUCCCCAGAGGAUAUACAAGGUACUAUGCAAUGGGAAAUGGGGUCACUAUCGCAAAGAACAUUAAAGCCGGGCUCGAUUCCCCGAUUUAUUAGAAACGAUAUGGACAUUUUUGAUCAAUCGUGUGAAAAAGUAAUGGGGCAUCGUAAUAACAAAAGGAAUGCUUCUCAAAAAGGAAAGCGCUGUGUAAGCCGCGCCAGGAAACGUGCUACCACAACAGAUAUAAACCUUAGAGGACAAGAAACUGAACUAAUCUUGGAUGAGUCGGUAGAAGAGAAGAGGAGGAAACGCGUAAAGUGCAGCUCUAAAAAACAUACUUUGAGUUUACCAAAAACUAAAAUAAAUCCAUUAGAUGAGAUGCCAGUAGAUAUUAAAAGCGAUGGAGAUGCCAUAGAACUUGAUCAAGAAUUGGAACAAGUUAUGAUAACAAAUGCUGAUCAAAACGUUACAGAAAUAUUUUCGUCGGAUAAUACAAACAACAAAACUGAGGAAAGCAUAUACAAAAGGGAAAGGAUAACUGAAUGUACAUGUCGGAUUUGCAAUCGUUAUUUUUCUGCAGAUGAAGAUGCUAAGGAUCUUUAUCAAGAUUCGAGCAGUUACCUGCUAUAUAACAUCGAAACCAUUUCAGGGGUUAUGAUACAACUGCUGGAUGGACUACCCCAUUACAUCUGCCCAAACUGUCUUUCAGAUUUAGACAGGGCCACUACUUUUCGAGAGAACUGUAUAAGAACUGAUCAAAUUCUGCAAUUGGAAAGACAACAGCAGCAGGACAAUCCACACAUUAUUAAAGACAAUGCUAAAUUGGAUGAGUAUGGUGAUUCCAAAAUAUUAGUACAAAUAACCGAAAGCUCUACUCCGGAACUUACCGCUGAAGUAUUUACCGAUUAUGUUAAUGAUUCUGAAAGCGUUUAUGGAGCUCAGGUGGAGAUUGGCGAAAAGCAGGAACCUCACGCCGCCCAUAAAAUUCCAGAAGGAAACAAUUCCAAUGAUCCUCUAAGUGUGGGGUUGGGUGAACCAAAUUUAAAUUCAUUAAUUCAAGAGGCGAAUGGUGGAGCAGAAAAAGCAAGCCCAAAAAAACGCAUUAAAAAAGCCGCAAAGGAGGAUAAAUGCAUUCCAAAUCAAAACCAUAACUAUAAUCAAAAGAUUGUAUGCCAUAUUUGCGGUUACUUUACCUACAGAUCAGGAAACUUCAAGGAGCAUAUGUUGCGCCAUACUCGCACGAAAAAUUUCAAAUGCCCGCAGUGUCCAGAGACCUUUUACACAAACUACUCGAAACAAUUACAUGUAAGAGUAAAGCACAAUAAUGAAAAACCUUUCAACUGCCGCUACUGCGACAGAGUAUUUACUCAAAGGGCCUCAAGAAAUUAUCACGAGAAAAUGUUUCACGCAACGAAAAAGCUAGAAGAGGAAAAGAAAGGACCAGUCGAGCCUCAAGUUGAGCUGCCACAUUGCUGCAUAUAUUGUACCAAAUCGUUCGAUACGGAGUACACGCUGGAGCAUCAUAUGAAAGGGCACAACACGGACACACCAUUCAAAUGCAAACACUGUGAGGAACGUUUCGUCUCGUUUAUAGAGGCCAACAAACACGAAUUGACUCAUAAUGAGCAACCGUUCGUGUGUAAUAUUUGCUCGAAAGGCUUCUCCGGUCCAGCUCGACUUCGGUACCAUAUGGUUAAGCACAGCGACAAUCGACCCUAUAAGUGUGAAAUAUGUAGCGUCGGCUUUCGGCGGCGAUAUGAUUUGGAUACACAUUUUGUAUCUCUAACGCAUGAAAAGAAACUCAAACAAGCAGCUGGAGGCGGCUCGAAGGUCACAUAAGCUACAUUCUUUUAAAAGACAGUUGUUAUAUAGUUGCUUUUGAAGUCAAAAUGUCCGUUAAAAGUAAUUAAAUUGCACAAGCCGGUUUGAAAGCAUUCUCGGAAUCUUUUUAUUCCGCCGUUUCCUCGUCACAAACUGUGCCGGGUGUGUUCAUUCCGUAAGGUCAAGUCUCUCUGUAAGGUGAAGUCUGUUCCUUCACAUUUUGGUAUUGUUAGUAUAAUUUUAAAAUGUGAGUCAUAAAAGGACUUAUUCACAAAUGCUCAGUAUAUUGAAAUUGGGCACAAACAAUUUAAUAACGUUUAAGGAAAAUCUACUGUGUACAAAAUAUAUAUGUAUGUA